CUUAUCAACCCAAAUAUCAAUACACAACAACUUAUCAAUCCAUCUACAAGAACUACCAAAUUGAGAAAUUCAAAAAUGACUUCACGCGUCGAAGACACCCCAGAAUACAAGGCAGCGCAGAGCAUGAUUGCCGACCUCAAGAACCAACUCGAAGCCAAAGACCGAGAGCUAGCUCUCGCAAAUGCUGCUAAGGAGGAGGCCCAACAAGCAGUCAAACGACUGCAGGAAGAGGUCGCUGACAAGGACGACGAUCUAUCUCUGUCGAACGAUAGGCACAAGCUGCUUCUCGAGAUCAUCGACAUCCAGAAGGAAGAACUCGCGACCUACAAAGAGGCAAACGACGUGGAUUUCCAAAUGGUGGAGAUCUUGGGAGCAGAGAUCAUUGGGAAGGAGAACUCGGGUAAUGAGGAUGAUGCGGAUGAUGAGGAUGAGGAUGAGGAUGAGGAUGAUGAGUCAGUUUUUGCAUAGCAACUAAAGACAAGUUGGGAUGGGAUCUUUCUGGUGCGACAGCAGGUUUCGCUUGGUUGCGCUCCUGUUUCUCAUCUUGAGUCUCGCUGGUGUACGAGGAAAUACCGAGCAUUUCCUCUUGGUAUCAAUCUUAAUCGCUUUGUCCUCAUCUGGUGUUUUGUAUCAAGGCUGGCUUAUUUCCCAAUCCCAAUGAAAUUUACGACUGAUAAUGACCAAGACCAUAUAAACAUCCCCAAUUUUUUAUUGUGUUGAUCCCCGAGACAAUCUUUACAUCUUUAUAUACGUUUGAUUAUGUUUCAUUCCCUCUCAAAUUUAGUAGUGAUCAAUUAUAUGCUGACAAUAAUACUCUACUCGAACACGAUUCUAAGAAAAGCAGAUGUUGGGCUAUGCUACAUAAUGUACUCCUAAAGUUAUCUUUUACUUCAGGUACGUUGCUCCAC